UAUUUAUUUCAAUUCACAGAUAUACUUUAAAAUUAAGAAUUUGCCUUAAAACAAAUUGUUACGUUUUGUUUACUAAGUCAAUUAUUAAAAUGGCAGCAUUUUAUAUUGCUCCUCUUGCCAUAGGCUCUGAUGAAGUUAAGGAUUUUAUUUGUUCGUCAUGCGAAGAGCCAGCAAAUGCAGAUUUUUACUGCAAAACAUGUUCGAAACUUUAUUGUGGGAAAUGUAUUCAGUUGCAUGAUAAGUGGUUUAAAAAACAUUCAGGGUAUGGAAGGAAUGACAUGAAAGAAUGGCCAGUUUCGAAACAGGUGGAGGAAUUUCUAUUGAAGUGUCAAGGGCACAAGGACGACAAAAUUGAAAUGUUAUGUGAUGACCACAGUCAGCUGUGCUGCACAAAGUGUGCCUUCAAUGAUCACAGCCAGUGCAGUAAAGUGACUCCAAUUAAUGAGCUGACCAACACGCAGCCCACAGACCUACAGGGCCUGUUAGUGGAGCUCAAAACUGUCUUGGGAGAAAUCAAAAGCCUACAGAUCAGUCAGGAGGUCAGCGUUCAGUCAUUGCAGAGAACAUACAAUGAACAUGGGGCAGUCUUAAUAGAACAAAUGAGUGGCAAUUUAAAUGCUGAUAUAGAUAAGUGUGGAAAUAAGUAUGUGGACACAUCGGAAAAAAGUAAGCAAUAUAUAAAAGAAGACAUGUGUAGGAGUGUACUUUCUAUCUUGAAUGAAUUUGAUAAUAUUACUGUGAAGGAACUAAACGAGAUGAAAGUUGAAGUCAUAAGCAUAAAAGGGUCUGUUUCAAGUUCUAUUCAUAAAUGCACUGGUCUUCACAAUGACUUGUCACAAUUCCAUGAAAUCGUUCAGAAAAUUGGAGAUAAUAAGGAGCUCUGCCUUAUAGCCAGCAUAAAAUGUAAGCAUAUAAUACAGCAGGCAUUGACUCUGCUUGGAAAGUCAGGCAAGGUGUUUAAGGUCCAGGGGAAGUCUGCGCACGAUGUGAGAAUAACAAGUGAUUCAAAACGAUUCUGUUGGAUUCAAGCUAUAUGUGCUCUCCCAGAUGUACAGUUUAUCACAGUCACCCAGAGCCAGAUCACUCCUGGUAGAAAGCUUGAAUUACAGCAUGGAUGUACAGGUAUUGCCCACCACCAGGGUGAACUGUUUAUCUGCUCUGGCCAGGUGCUGGUCUGUGGAGGCUGGUCCGACACUAUACUACAGGUGGACUGGGAGGGGAAGAGUAAGCUGGCCACUCUGGCUACUCAAGAGGAUGGAGUGUGGAGACCAGAGUCAGUCUGCUACAGCAGCACAUCAUCCAUCAUUGUGGGACAGUGGAGGGACAACAACAUCCUGGUGUUCAGAGUGGAAUAG